UUCUUCCAAUUCACCAACAACACUAACACAACAACUGGUUCUUCUACCACACCAACAACCAAUUCUGCUACUUCACCAUCAACACUAACACCAACAACCAAUUCUUCUACUUCACCAUCAACACUAACACCAACAACAGAAGCACCUACCACGCAAUCUGCUUCACUACCAGUGUCUGCCUUUCCACCAUCACAUCUGGACGAUCGACGCAACUUAGCGAUGCACACAGAAGUUUACUGCGUUGUUGGUGCUUUACUCAACGGUGGUUCGCAACUUACUGCUUCACAUCAGUUGCAACAUGACGAUCUUAUUCCCAAACCACGCAAAUCGAAGAGCGCUUGGGUUCUUAUUAGCUGUGGCCACCAUUCAACACUAACACCAACAACAGAAGCACCUACCACGCAAACUGCUUCUCUACCAGUGUCUGCCUUUCCACCAUCGCCAUCAGCACUAACAGCAACAACUGAUUCUUCCACUUCAUCAACAACACUAACACUAGCAACUGAUUCUUCUACCACACCAACAACCAAUUCUUCUACUUCACCAUCAACACUAACACCAACAACAGAAGCACCUACCACGCAAACUGCUUCACUACCAGUGGCUGCUUUUCCACCAUCGCCAUCAGCACUAACAACAACAACUGAUUCUUCCACUUCAUCAACAACACUAACACUAGGAACUGAUUCUUCUACCACACCAACAACCAAUUCUUCUACUUCACCAUCAACACCAACACCAACAACAGAAGCACCUACCACGCAAACUGCUUCACUACCAGUCUCUGCUUUUCCACCAUCGACAAGAACUGAAUCUCCUACCAUACUAGCGCUCCCUACAACUGUACCUACAACUAUAUUGUCUACCCUAAUCACGUCGUCUACAACAACUGAAGGGUCAACGCAACCACCAACGGCAACGUCGACGUUAUUAACAACGCUUUCGACUACUUCAUCUGAAGUCACUACAUUACCAUCAGUGCCUUCAACUUUACCACCAGUAAUAUCUACUUUGUCAACGAGCCUACCUAGUACGAAACAGACCACUAGUGGACCCACGGAUGCAACUUCCACUCUGUCACCAACGUUACCUACAUCAUCCCCGGCGCUGAUCCCGACACCAGUAGCUAUCUUGCCAGUAGCCAUAUUCAGUCCGUACUUGUGGUUCUACCCUGUCUAUUCCUUCCCCUACUUAUUUGUUGAUGGCUUCCAAGUACAGAACAACACUGCUGGUUUACCAAAUGGAGCAACGCGUAUACUUUGUGUACCGAGAUGAACUCUUUCACCCACACAACAACUGGUAACCGCUGGGUAACCCAAAAGGGGUAUUUUUUCGAUACUUGACUUACUUACUUAAUGUUAUUAGUAUAGUUUAAUGUAUGGUAAUUAUUUCAUGCUCUUAGUUUAUGUCAUAAAUCCCAUAGGGUCUGUAAAAAGGAGGAGUUACUUUAAAAUAUUUUUUUAUUUUAAUUUUACACAUAGUAUAAUUUCUUAUAUAAUUAUAAAUAAUAAAUAUUUAUUAAUAAAAUCGAU